AUGUGGGGACCGAUUCUCCUCUCUAUCGGAUUUGUGCUUGGAUACCUGACCUGUGCAUUUGACUUAGACUGGGUUGGAGAAAAUUUGUCGAUUUCCUUAUGAGAUAAAUGACUUUUUGUGCUUACUAUAACAAUUUCUAUUUAUAUCUUAGGAUUGUUUUUGCCUUUAUAUCGGCUUGUAUCUAGGCAAGGUAUUUAUUAUUUAGUGAUUGAAAGCUCUAUUCAAAAGCCUAUUUCAGUGCGUCAAGAAUUAAAGCGGAGAGGUUCAUGGCCUAUGGCAUAUUCAAGAUCAAUUCACACAAGAUAUAAGGAAGAAAUAUUGUAA